AUGGAGAUCACAAACAUCUUAAACAGGAAAGCUUCUGUGGCCAUGGUUGCGCCAGACGCCCAGUUUGACCAGCAACAGUUCAUGCAAGCCCAAAAUCUUGGUCAUUCGUCUUCCCCAAGGAUGAAGUCAGAACCCGGCGUGUCCGAGGCGGUUGACCAGCCGGUCCUCUCAUAUCCUCCCCACGCUCCGCUGAAUCAGAUGCCGAAUAUCAACCAAGACAUGCGAUAUGCGACUCAUCCACCCAACCCUCAACUACCAAUGUUGCAAAGCCCUUAUGCCCCUGCGGGAUAUUCUGCGACCCAAAUCCCGAACAGCGUACCCCACGGACGACCGGACCCCCCUCCCAAAACCUUUCACUGCGGUACUUGCGGCAAAGGGUUUGCGCGUCGGAGUGACUUGGCAAGGCAUGAACGAAUUCACUCGGGUGUUCGUCCUCACGCUUGCGAUUGGCCCGGCUGUGGCAAACAGUUCAUUCAACGUUCUGCUCUGACAGUACACUCUCGGGUACACACGGGUGAGAAACCGCAUAUGUGUGAAAGAUGCGGCAAGCCUUUUAGCGAUUCAUCCUCUUUAGCUAGGCAUCGCAGGAUCCACUCCGGGAAGCGGCCCUACAAGUGUCCUUAUGCGAACUGCCAGAAGACUUUCACACGUCGUACAACACUAACGCGUCACCAAAACCACCACACCGGCACUAUCGAAGAAGCUGCUGCGGAGACCGAGGCCAACCUCAGACAAAACAAGGAACGAGGCAGGAUGCCUGGGGACGGAAUGUUCUCAGAAGGCUCUGUUCAUUCAACACCUUCCCCCGCCCAUCACCCGAUCUCCCCGGGUGGUGAUCUUCCGCCUCUGAACAUCCCCCGUUCUGCGGGUGAUUACUACCUAGGGAAUGGUUCCAUUCCACCCCACGUUCGAGGAGACUUCCAACAGGCGAGUCCUCGUGCGUCUCCCACGGCCACGUCUCCAUCCCUAUCAAGCUUCAGCAGCGCACCACUUCCUCGGCCAUCUAUGACAUCUCACCCGUCGGGUUAUGGGCCUCCUCAGCCGCUUGAGCCGCCUGCCAACAAAGAUCAUCGGCCAAACAGCGUCAGUGGGAGUCCUCAUAUGACUAGUAUUGGAUGGGGAUCCCCUUCUCAUUCCAACAUACCGUCGCCUGUUUCGGCGCCCGAUUACGGAUAUCCUGAGCCUAGUGGACCGCCAUACCCAGGCUCCGUACCCCCUCACAUGUAUUUUCCGAAUUCCACAAUUCGGCGGCCAGCAAGUACAGAGCCAGAGAACUAUGAGCUGAGACCGAAGCUUGGCGACAACGCGUGGCCAACAUCGGUUUAG